AUGGAAUUAAAACCGACUUUCAAAGGUUAUAUACAUGAUGAAGCGGAUGCUUUGUUGCUCUUGCAAGCGACUUUGGAAGGUCGCUUGCAACAAAUCUCGCGAAGGCCCUAUGAGAUUGAGAGACCUUAUCUUAUUGUCUCGGGGAGUGCUUUUGUCUUUGUAGAGGAGAUGUCCGGCAUCAAGCGUUGGACUGAUGGGGUUCCUUGGUCUCCAUCACGAAUUUCAGGUCGUUUCCUCAUUUACAAAGGUUUAGACAAGUCGUAUGCAAAUCCAGUGGUACGCAAGAGACCUAGACAACAGGAUUCAUUCUCUUCAAAUUCGACGCCUUCACCUACAGAGAGUAAUGGUGAGGCGAAGAAUUAUACGGGGUUUGUAAAAAAGACGAUGUCUGUCAAAUUCAAGAAUCGGCUGAAGAAUAGUGUUGAGACUCUACAUUUAGUGUCGUACUAUAAUGUCGAUGAUGUCAGGGAUAAGAAAUUGAUUAGGCCUAGGGAUUCACCUCUCUUCCGUUCCGUUAAACCCAGUGCUGAUUUACUGGCUGCAGUGGAAAAUAGAACGCUUGGCAAUAGUACCAAAUUCAAUUUGCUCCCUAGCACAACGGCUAGUCCCUCUACUACUACUACGUCAUCGGCAUCGACGACAAAUUCGUAUUCCUCUUCUUCCUGUCCUUCAUCAACCGGUAAUUCGCCGCUUUUGAACAAGAUUACUGCUGGCAGUAGUUUUUUGCCCUACAUCAAGAGACACCAAACGGAUCCUUCAAGUUUAGUACCACCGCAGAUUAUUCCGGCUACAAACUCGUUUCUCACCCAACAACAAUUAUCGCAGAACUUUUUGCCUUUUACACCACCCCCAUCAGCCAAUUACACUUCACAACCACUGGCAUUACCGCAUCUGAAUCCACAACAGCCGCAGUAUUACCAGCAACACACCUACUAUCAAUUGAGGCCUCCAAGCCAUCUGGCACUGCCAAACGUUAAUACACAAGUGCCUCCAUUAUUGCUCAAUCCAUAUUUGCCACAUUCUUACCACCCGAAUGACAGGAUGCGUGGUCAUCCAUCGGGACCAUACUAUAACAGUUCAACAAAUGACCAAAGAUAA